UGUUGGUGAGUCAAGGACGAAGUCAGCCAUGGCGCUCGCGAUCGAGCUCAGCAAGGACUACUACACGACGGGUGACGCGCUCUCGGGUCGCAUCCACGUCACGUCCAUCCCUGACGACGCCGCUUUUGAGCUCGUUUUGACGCUGCGCGGCAAGGAAAAAGUCGUCGUUGCAAGCCACCCCACAGGGGCCAAGGCGACGCCCCCGACAACGCACCGCCAUGUUUUCUUUGAAGACACGCUGCUUCACACGCCAAUUACGACCGCACCAGCGUCGUUUGGCUUCGAGUUCGAGUGGCCGGAAGAGCUCCCAGGCUCGUAUGAGAACGUCCGACACGCGGCGCUGCGGGCCAAGAUCCAGUACAAACUUUGCGCGCGGCUCAUGCGGCGGGGCGCGACGAUGGCGUCGGUGACGCGCCCCGUCCUCGUGUACGGCUCUACGGCCUAUGUCGCCAAACCUUUUUCCGACAACCAGUCGCAGAAAAUUCUCUUCCUCAAGUGCCUCAGCCAAGGCCGCUGCUCGGUGGAAAUGACACUCGACAAAAACGUCUAUGCGAUUGGUGACUCGAUCCAGAUCACGGCCGACAUUCAAAACACGUCCCGGCGUCGGGUCAAGUGCAUCCAGUACGUCUGCACGCAAGACGUCCAUGUGCAGUGCGGCCCGUCGACGCGCCUCUUUUCGUGCGACGUGGGCCAAGACACGCGCAGCGGCCUCGCGCCCUACAAGAGCGUUCUGCGGACCGACACGUGCGACGCGCUGCGCAAUCAAAUGUAUCCGAGCACCAAGGGUUCGCUUCUGCGGGUCGAGUAUGCCCUGCACAUCAUCGUCGAGAUCCCAGCGUGCCCGAAUGUCGAGCUCACGCUGCCGCUCAUCGUUGGGCCGCCUAAAGCGUCGUCCAUCUUUGCACCGCCACCAACACCACUACAUCGAGGCAAGGGGUUCCGCACGGAAGAUGCCGCAUAGCACACAACACACAACACGUAAUCGAUAUGCAAACACUGGACAGUCUUUAUAGGGACAG